UGAAUGACUUCUUUGACCCUCACAUCCGUACAGUCUUCUUCUGAGGCAUCGUCUACUACAUGCCCAAGAAUCAUCCAAAGCUGGGAAUGAGAUUUUGGGGGAAAUGGUAGAAUUACACUAUCAGAGAAAGCCGUUAGCUCGGUGGAAGCUGAUUGGUCGUUGCACGGUCUCCGGUAUCUCCGUUUUGCUCUCUCAAUUUGCGGUCUCUUUGGUCCCUCGCUUCUUCUCUGCCUCCCCCCUUCUCAUCCAAGUCGCACUCUCAGCUCUGGUAUUGCUGGUGGUUGUGGGUUUUGGGAGAUGGUGUAGGCGGCUUGUUGGAUUCUAUGCCUCAGCUCCGGCUUUUGUUUUCUUCAAUGUACUGUUCGUUUGGGCAGUUUACUUCGUUGUCCUUCGACGAGCUGUAUCAUGUGUAAUGGAUAUUGUGUUUAGUGGAGAGGUCACCAUGCUCAUCAUUGGUCUGUGUAGCAUCAUUGCAAGCAAUCCUGGUUUGGUAACAUGCGGGUCUUCCUGUGCAAAUGAACUUGUCGAAAGUUUAGUUGCUGAAGUUGAAGCGCAUAAUGAGGUAGUGGAAACCUCAGCAAGUGGCUUGUGUCAUGAAUCCCUGACCAAGGGUUCUGUUUUGGGCAGGAGGAUAAAAUAUUGUAGAAGCUGCAAGGCAUACAUAGAGGGAUUCGAUCACCAUUGCCCUGCUUUUGGGAACUGUAUAGGCCAAAAUAAUCAUGCCCUCUUCAUGGUUCUUCUAGCUGGAUUUCUUGCUACCGAAGCUUCUUAUGUAGUAUGCUCAUCCCAGUUUGCUGCAAAGGCCCAGAUCAUAGAUAGAACUACGUUGGAGACUAGUCUGUCUGGAAAUCUGGCUAUUAGCACAAUGCUGUUCGCUAUUCUCCAAUUGGUAUGGCAGGUGGUGUUUAUGGCAUGGCACAUAUAUUGUAUAUGUUUCAACAUCAGAACUGAUGAAUGGGUAAACUGGAAAAAGUAUCCCGAGUUCCAACACGUUAUUGAAUCGCAGCCAGGAUCAGUCACAGUGAGCCUUAACCUGAUUGGCAACCUGCACCUGCGGAGGAACUUCCCGCUGCUUCUUUCAAUGCGGUGCCCCUUGGCUCUUCUCCUCUUGCAUUGUGCUCGUCUCUCCGCUAAUCUGGAGAAUUUCUACUUUCUCCAACCUCGUCUUCUUCUCGGAUUUCUUGAUCAGAGACCUUGACAUUCCGCCUUGAGAACAUGAGACUCCGGGGUGCUUCCAGUCAACUAGCAACAUGGCCAAUGCAGAGGUUUUGUGUCAUGAGACAUGGACAUUGGCUACGCCGGAGGAGAAGAAGCCAUCAAAGGGAUCUCGUAUAUCUAGAGAAAAUGUGUCAAACAUAUUAGUUCGUCGACCACCAUUCACCAAAGAUGCUACGAAUGAGCGGCAUGUCGGAAAAUUUGAAGCUAAGGAGGCGUUGAAUGAGAACAAAAGGAGCUUUGAUUAAUGAUCAAAUUUCACAAUGAACUCAAGCGGGAUGAGCACCCUAUAUUAUACUUAUGAGAGGAGGGUUCUCGUUUCACGUUUGCAGAAUUAUCACAUGUUGAA